UGGUGAGUUGGAGUCGAAGCGGGAUACCGAGAGAAGAGCUCAAUCAGAUUGAAAUAAGAGUCACGUGGAGGCGGCUGACUAAUGGGUGGGCGCUCACGACGUAUCGCGUCUAAAGAAAACAGUCGCGUCUUCUGGGUGAAGUGCUGGCACAAGCAACCUCAAAGCCGGCCGCAGGCAAACAUUCGUCUUUGCACUGAUCACAAGAUAAUGAUGAAUGUGGUGGCCCCUUCAUAUCCCUGAAGAAAUGAUCUAUUGUCAACCUUCACGUGAAAGAAGCAGCCCAAGAUGAGUACCCAGGACUCUUCUCCGUCCGAGCCUUUGCCAUCAGGAUUCACCACCAUUGCGGAGAUCAGAAAUCUUCCAAAUGAGCAGCUAAAGGCUAAGGUAGCGGUCAACGUAGUUGGCUUUGUGAAAGACUUCAUGCCUCCAAAACAAACUCGAGGCACAGGUAUGGGGGAGAUUCAAGUCAACCCCUUUGGGUCCAUCUGAUGUGCGAACCAGAUUUCAAAUGCACCCUUGAGCUUAUAGAUCACUCUAUACAAGAUGAGAGCUACGGGAUUCAGAUAUCUUUCUUUUGGCCGGAGGAGAACAUGCCCACAAUAUCCGGCCCUGCAGAUAUAGUUCUUCUUCGUAAUGUUAGAGCUCAAAUGUACCAAGGAGCCAUUUCUUUGAUCGCCCACAAGACGACCGAAUGUCACGUCUUGGCUGCUACAAGGGUCCCAACGAAGGCUUUGAACUCUCCUACAGCUCAGUGGCAGUCAUUUCCGCCCGGGAAAUUCAGACAACCGAGUCUCAUGGAGACAAACUAUGCCAUCUGGGCGAAAAGCCGAUCAAAUGAGAUGGAUCUUCCAUCCGAUCACGAGUUCCACGAGAAAAGCAUGCAAGCAAUGACAGUCAAGGAUAAGUUCAGCCUCCUAAAAAAUGUAAAGCCUGAGCACUUUUACAAUAUUCUCGGACAGGUCAUCAAACUUCAUGAUACAAUGAACGUCAUGACUUUAUAUCUAUCAGACUACACUCCGCAUAGCUCAUUUUACAAUAAUGCUUGGGGUGGGGAAGGGGCGUCAUCCGACGCCAAAGACGGCGAUGAGUACGGUUACAUUAAAUCACGUGGAAAAGACCCAAAAGCCUGGCCAGGUCCAUUUGGGAAGAUGUCCAUUCAACUCAAUUUGUAUGACGAGCAUGCAACAUAUGUUCGUGAGUACGUCAAGGUGAAGCAGUGGGUGCUGCUUUCAAACGUACAGAUCAAGUAUGGCAAAAUGGGUGGACUUCUGGAAGGCUACCUGCGUGGAGACCGACAAAAUUUCGAGGGCAAGAUCCAAGUGCAGAUAAUGGAGAAAUCGGAGGACCCAGAAGGAAACGAUAUCAGGUGGAAAGAGGCAAUGAAGCGCUCUCUCGAGUAUUGGAAAAAGCACGAGGCUCAGAAGAAGGCAAUUCUUUGCGAAGACGACGGCUUGGGAAACAAGCGUAAGGCAGAGGACGAUAGGCCAGUGAAACUCAACUCUAAGCAGCGGCGGAGAGAGAAGCGAGCAGCGGCAGAGAAGGAGGCUGCCGCCUCUGAAAAAAAGCUUGCGGAGAAGUUGAAUCUCAACGAUAAUGUACGCUGCUCAUUUCCAGACAAGAUUCCUACAAGCCUGAAAGUGAUUAUGGAGCCAGAAACUCUUCCACAUCCAGGCGAGUCUAGCUAUCCGUCACCAUUCACAGUGCGAAAAUACCGAGCGAAUGUUCGCAUCGUCAAUUACGCUCCAGAGAAGAUUGAAGAUUUUUCGGUUUGGCGUCGGGAAUCGGAAUAUGACAUGCUUUCCGAUUACAGCGGAGGAGAGGACACAGACGUUGAAGAGGACAUGCGAUCGUUCACCAGUGGCAAGGGCUUCGCCAAGAAGAUCUGGGAAUGGAGGUUCUGGUUGCAGGUAGAGGAUGCCUGCUCAAAUACCAGUCCAACGAGACCCGAGAAACGGCUUUGGUUGCUGGUCGAUAACUCGGCAGCGCAAGGCUUGCUAGGCUUGGAUGACGAUGCAGCCAAUCUUCGCAGGAACCCGGAUCUACUCGCUCGUCUCAAGGAGCAGCUUUUCAAGUUAUGGGGAGACCUUGAGGAGCAGAAAUCUGAACUUUUACGUUUACAUGGUAGCAAAGUCGAAACGCUACUUCCGUCUUCUUUUGAGUCGUCGACAACUCCGCCUCGAGACAUCGGGCAACAGCCUGAUGUGGAUAGCGACUCAGAAAGCGACAGGCUCCAGUCCAAAACUUGGAAAGGCAAAGGCAAGGACAAAAAACGCGGGAUGGGUGAUGUACUUCCUCCAGGGGCGUCUGCAAGUGAUGGCGAGCUCAGCAAUCUUCUGCCGAGAAACAAAGCCUUCACCUGCUGCAUCCAGCAGUACGGAGUCAAGACGGCCGAGGAUGAUCCAGCCAAAGCAAAUGCUGGAGAUGGUCGCAGAUGGCAGCGAGUCUUUGCUUUAUUUGGCACAAAUAUAUUAUGAUAUUGCGCUUAAUUCCAGGCGCGGCGUCUAGGAUGAAUGCGGAGCACGGUAAACCCAGAUGAAUAAUGUCAAGUCAUUCAGGAGGCGGCGGGCUCUUUUGAUCUUCCGUGAGACAUAUUGUAGCAGACAUGAAGCUUUGACAUACUAGCACCAGGCUCAAGCUACGGUAUUUGUAGCAUUUCCCUCACUGUAUCUUCAACAGCCGUAGUCUUCACGCCCCGGCUAGUCAACAAGUCGUCCAACGUCGGAUCAUCAAUCAAACACUCUCCCCUGUCCAAUGCAGCAUACGUCGAGGACCACCACUCAACCGACGCCCUCUCAAUACCUCUCUUCAUGCAAGUUUCCACAUAUUCAUCUCUGCCCACGACCCUCACACUAACCUCUUUCCCCCUUGCCUCGCCCACUAAUCUCGCAAUCUCACUCAUGCUCCUCGGCCCCUCCCUCCUCGACAGAUAAAACGUCUUCCCCUCAAACUUCCCACUCCCAUCCGCCAAUACCAGCGCACUCGCCAACCCCAGAUCCCUAAUCGCUGUCCAGCUAAUCUUUCCAUCGCCAGCAAGAACCACCUCACCUCUCUCAUCGCCCUUCGGGUCAAAAUAUCCCAGAUAAAGCGGCCAGCUCUCGUUAUACAAACCUUCUCUCAUGACUGUGACUUUCACACCCUCUCUCUCUCGCAAGUCCUUCAGAAAUUCCUCAGUGCGUAAGUGGGCUCUCAUGACACCAGCACCGGAAUCACUUCCGAACGCCAAACUGGUAUAAAAGAAACUGGUCACACCUGCUUCACGAGCGGCUUCGAUGGCACCGAUAUGCGCUUUCUCUCGACCAGAUCCGGGCGGUGCGUUGUUGAAAUCCAUGGAUAUGUUAGGGGUGGAGAUGAGGUAGAGAGAGGUGCAGUCUUUGAAGGUCGAUGGGGAGGGGUUGUCAAAGUUGAAAGAGCGGAUUUGGACGCCCUGGCUUUUGAGGUAGUCCCAUCUCGAAUUGGAGGUGCUGGAUGAGGUGCAGAUUACGAGGUCUUUGAGAGGGAUGAGAUUGUAUUCAAGGAUAGCGUUAAGAGUCGCUUUGCCUAAUUUGCCGGUACAACUUGUGAGCGCAAGCAUUUUGAUAUACCUGUACUGGCGGAUGUUCUCGAGUAUGUUCUUUGACGAUAAUAGACAAUGCUACGCUCGCUUGUUGAGAAGAUGAGUUGUUCAUAUAUAGCAGUCUCUUACUAAUUGCUUUGCAAGAGUGGAUACUACGUCAUUGACAACGUCUCCAGAUAUAGUGAGGAUCAUCCAUUUCUUCGUCUCUCUCAACCUACAAUAUUUUGACUGAUUGAAUGAGAUAAUUUUCCAUCUGCAAUCUAGCUCGG